UGACCGCUGUCUGCUAGGAGAAAUAAACCAGGCUAGACUAGCAGCACGGACAGUUCACAGCCCAGAGAGCAGGGGUAUAGUCUGCGUAAACUCAGCAGAACCGCGGAGACAGGACCGGAGCGAGUCUUUCUACCGGCAAUGCAAACGCUGAGCGUCGCAGCUAGCUAACGUUAGCACUGUCCCGACAGACGGGGGACUGAGCCCGAUGGCAAAACCGGAGCAACGUUAGUGGAAAGGCGACAUAAACAGGGGACGGCUAGCUUAGUUUCAAUGUUAUUGUUAAUUAAAAGCCACAUAUGGUCACAAUGUCCUGCUCUGGCAACCUGGUUUGGGAUGUAAAUAAACGCUUAAUUGGAUACAGCGAGCCUAACACCAUCAGGACCAACUAUUUAGGUAGAAGAGAAUUUGUCCAGAGGCUUAAACUUGAAGCGACGCUGAAUGUACAUGAUGGCUGUGUCAACACUAUAUCCUGGAACGACACAGGAGAAUACAUCCUGUCGGGGUCAGACGAUACCUUUUUGGUUAUUACGAACCCGUACAACAAGAAGGUCAAGAAAUCCAUACGUUCAGGUCAUCGGGCAAAUAUCUUCAGCGCAAAGUUCAUGCCCCACACCAAUGAUCAGGAGAUCAUCUCCUGCUCCGGAGACGGCAUCAUCUACUACACUCAUACCGAGAAGAGUCCUGAGUACAACAGGCAGUGUCAGUUCACCUGCCAUUAUGGCACAGCUUAUGAGAUUAUGACAGUACCAAAUGACCCCUACACGUUUCUGUCAUGUGGGGAGGACGGCACAGUGCGAUGGUUUGAUCUUCGCACAAAGACGAGCUGCACUAAAGAAGACUGCAAAGAUGACAUCCUGAUAAACUGUCGGAGAGCAGCGACCUCUAUAUCCAUUUCUCCACUGGUGCCGUAUUAUCUGGCCGUGGGCUGCUCUGACAGCUCAGUGCGAAUCUACGACAGACGCAUGUUGGGCACUAGAGCGACAGGAAACUACAUGGGCCGGGGGACGACGGGCAUGUGCGUUCGUUUUGUUCCUGCUCACCUGUCCAACAAGUCGUGCAGGGUGACGUCUCUCUGUUACAGCGAGGAUGGUCAGGAGGUGCUGGUCAGCUACUCCUCCGAUUAUAUCUACCUGUUCGAUCCCAAAGAUGACCAGGCCCGAGAGCUAAAGGGCCCGUCUGAGGAGAGAAGGGAGGAGCUGAGGCAGCCCCCAGUGAAGCGCCUCCGUCUACGAGGUGACUGGUCUGACACUGGACCCCGAGCUCGUCCUGAGAGUGAGAGAGAGAGAGAUGGGGAACAGAGUCCAAAUGUAUCUCUGAUGCAACGCAUGUCCGACAUGUUGUCUCGUUGGUUUGAAGAAGCCAGCGAAGCUCAGAGCAGCAGAGGAACCCGACCACAGGCGCGACCCAGAGGAACCGCUGCCCGCCCAGAGGGUGCGUCAAAUCCUCCAGCUGCCCCUGCAGGAGACUCCAGUCAGGAGUCCAGUGCCCCCGAGAGGCCUGUGGGGACAGACACUCCAGAGGUACCUGCUGGUCCUGCUGCUGCCGCCGACGCCGCCCCCAUGCCUAAAUCCACUUCCUCUUCCUCCUCAGGGUCAUCAUCAACAGUCACAGCACCUCCUCCUUCCAGCUCCUCAUCAGUGGAGAGUUCAGCCCCUUCCUCCUCUCCCCUCACCUCCUCUCCUGACUCAGAGCAGAGGAGUCAGGCUGACACGACCGGGACCCCAACGCCGACGGCCACGCCCACCUCAGAACCUGCACUCUCUGAGUACGGUCCUCACCGGCUGCCCAUAAGUUUAGUGUGUAGACGUUUGCAGAGGUUACUUCGGCUGGCCGACCCCCCAGGACAGGGUCAGCGAGCGGCCCCUUCUUCCUCCUCUGCAGCCCCUGAGAGACAGUCACAAAGAGCUGCUACCUCUGCUGCUGCUGCUGAGACGCAACCCUGUACAGAUUCCCCCUCGUCUGUGGUAAACAAACAGCUGGGAUCCAUGACUCUUGAUGAACAGCAGGGAGGAGCUGAAGCUGCAGGUUCACCUCCUGAUGAAUCUGUACCUGCACCAGCCACCACCAGCAGCGCUCCCACCUCCUCCAGCACCACGACUGGCGCCGGUCGACCCAGCGCAGCAGAGCCGGUUCUCAGCCUACACUACAGCUCAGAGGGAACCACCACCAGCACCAUCAAGCUGGACUUCACUGAUGAGUGGAGCAGCACCUCCAGCUCUAUGGGCAGCGCAGCUCCCAAAACAUCUGAGACCGUGCAGAGCAAAGAGAGUCUGUCGACGGAGAGUUCAGUGUCAGAACAAGCUCCCUCUGACUCCCAGAGGAAGCAGACUUUGCCGGCCGCCUCCACGGAGCUGCCCCCCUGUGACGCCUCCUGCUCCGGUGCCUCCAGCAGCUCGUCUGCAACGGCCCCGGCAGAGGGCUCCUCUGAGGGGGACAGCGUGGUGUCCUCGCCGCUGGAGAAGAGUCAGCCGGAGGGUACACAGGACACGUCAGGAGGCUGCAGGAGAGCGGAACCCACGGCAGAGAUGGAGGGCCACUGUGGGAGAGGCCCUCUCCUACCAGAGUGGGAGGGCCAGAGUCAGCCUGCACGGGGCAACCAGGACUCUGAUGACAGCGACGAUGAUCCAAUCCUCAUCCCAUCAGCCAGGCUCAGAGGACAGGGACAGAGAUUUAAUACCAGAGGAUCUGCAGUAGGAGAUAGGAUGAUCAGACGCUCAGCGGCAGCUCGUAUCCAGGAGCUGUUUCGCAGGAGGAAAGAAAGAAGGGAGAUGGAGGAGAGCGAGACCCAGAAUAUCAGGAGGCCCUCAGUCAAAAUGGUCUACAAGGGCCACCGCAACUCCAGGACAAUGAUAAAGGAGUCGUGUUUCUGGGGCAACAACUUUGUGAUGAGCGGCUCAGAUUGCGGCCACAUCUUCAUCUGGGACAGACACACUGCAGAGCACCUUAUGCUGCUCGAGGCCGACAACCAUGUGGUCAACUGCCUGCAGCCGCACCCCUACGACCCCAUUCUGGCUUCUUCAGGGAUAGACUAUGAUAUCAAAAUUUGGUCUCCGCUGGAAGAGUCGCCAUCUUUCAACAGAGUCCUCGCAGAUGAGGUAAUAACUCGGAACGAGCUGAUGCUAGAGGAAACGAGAAACACCAUCACAGUCCCAGCCUCUUUCAUGCUCCGAAUGUUGGCCUCCCUUAAUCACAUCAGAUCAGAUCGACUAGAAGGCGAUCGCUCUGAAGGUUCGGGCCAAGAAAAUGAGGACGAGCAGUAGGCCGCUGGCAUUUUAUUUUAAGAAAACACAAUUUCUUCUUGCUCUAUAUCACUUGAAAAAAACAAAACAAAACUGAGAUUUGUACAAGUAUAGUGUAGAAUACUUCCUUUUGAAAAUCAGUAUAAUUUCUAGCCCCCCUGUGUUUUUUUUAAGAUGACUUUCUUACUGGUGUUUCUGUAUGAGGAUAAACUACAUCUGUGUGAAUGCAAAAGAAAAGGACGGCAGUAGAUAUAUAUAAUAAGUGUGAGAAUAAUGGUGGGUGGUGCGCAAGGAUGUGAAGUGCAAUAUAAUUUUGUUAGGAGAGAGUGAGCCUCGAUCAGUGUUAACGUGUGACAUUUUGAAUUUGUAGCACAAAGCUAAGAAAUGUUGAUGUGCUGCUCCGGCAGUUACGCAUGUGAAACAAGGACUUUGAGUAAAACGAACCUGGAGAAUAGUUUUGUUUUGUUGUUGAAGAGAAAAAAAAAAAAACAACAAAGUUGUGGUUCUCCUCAAAGGGUCAUGUCACUAAAUCAGAAUAUUUUACAGAAUUUGGAGAAAAAAAUAAAGCUAAAAA